AUGUAUGUCAGAGUCUUCCUAUCUCAACCCCAUCAGAAGAAGCCCACAGACCUGAUCCUCGUCCACUUAAGCUUAACCAACACAGUGGUGCUCCUCAGCUGUGGUAUCCCAGAGGUAAUGGUCGCCUUUGGAAUGAAGAAUGUUUUGGAUGACCUAGGGUGCAAGAUGGUCCUGUAUAUGAAUCGGGUGUCCCGGGGUCUUUCCAUCUGCACGUCCUGUCUCCUGAGCGUGUUCCAGGCUGUCACCAUCAGUCCAAGCACUUCCCGCUGGGCCAAGCUCAAGCACAGAGCCCCCAACUGCAUCCUUCCUUCUUUCCUCUUCUUCUGGGUCCUCAAUAUGCUGAUCUACAUCAGAGGUCUCAUGAGCUGGGCCAGUGGCUACAUGGUGACUGUGCUCUACCGACACCGUAAACAAGUCCAGCACAUCCGCAGUAGCAGCCUCUCCUCUAAAUCCUCCGUGGAGACCAGAGCCACCCGGACCAUCCUGCUCCUCGUCACCUGCUUUUGUUUCUUCUCCACCACCGGCAUCUCCCUGCUAGAGCCUGGCAGAAGAGGAGAUUCUCACCUGGCCUUGGCCACAGUGUGGGCCCAUGAAGACGCAAGGCCUUUCUGCUUCCAUAGAUCCCUGUGGUCCUCUGAGCUCUUCAGUUGUGAAGAAACCAAGAAAAUGGUUUCGAGUGACCUGGUCUUCUCUAUUUUCUUCUUCAUUCAGAUUGGGAUUGGGCUCCUGGGGAACUCAACACUGUUGGUGUUGUAUGUCAGCAUCUUCAUUCACUCACCCCACUGGAUGAAGCCCACAGACCUGAUCCUCACCCACCUGACGGUAGCCAACACCGUGACACUCCUCACCCAGGCUGCCCCGGGAAUGGUGAUGGCUUUUGGAUGGAAGAAUAUUAUGGAUGUCUUGGGGUGCCAGAUUGUCAUGUACAUGAGGAGAGUGGCCCGGGGCCUUUCCAUCUGCACCACCUGCCUGCUGAGCGUGUUCCAGGCCAUCACCAUCAGUCCAAGCAACUCCUUGUGGGCCCAGAUCAAACCAGUGGCUCCCAAGUUCAUCCUCCCUUCCUUCCCCUUCUUCUGGGUCCUCUGCUUGUUGCUAGACAUAAAUACUCUAAUAGCGGUUAAAUCCACCAAGAAUACUACGACCAUAAGUAUUGGUGACAAUAGGAAAUCUUGUCCCAGCUUAUUCUCAGCAAGAAGUUCAAAUGCUAUGGUAUUUAUCGGUAUGCUGACUCUCCGAGAUGUCGUCUUUGUGAGUCUCAUGAGCUGGUCCAGCGGUUAUAUGGUGAUGGUGCUAUACCAACACCGCAAGCGAGUCCGGCAUAUCCACAGCGGCGGCCUCUCCCCCAAAUCCUCCCCUGAGUCCAGAGCCACUCAGACCAUCCUGCUCCUUGUCAGCUGCUUUGUUUCCUUUUAUUGCAUAAAUAGCAGCUUAGUGUUCUUGACUUACAUGAUGAAGGACACCUUGAAGCUGUAUGAUCCUGGCAUAUUUCUGAGCUCAGGUUUCACCUUUCUCUGCCCUCUGGUUCUCAUCAACAGUGAUCCCCGGCUCCGCAGAUUCCUAUGUGUCCUUGAAAAGGUGGGCAAUCUCUCUCUUGCCUGA